AUGGUCGCCGUACUCCACAACAGAAUCUCCGUCCCUAAGACUCCCGGGCUUCGGAAGGCUCCGAUCUCCGAGAAGAUGCGGCCUUGUGUCCAGUGGUCCUCCGAUCUAACCAUCGAUCACUUUAUCUACGACCUGCUCUGCAUGAAGUACCACGAACAGAACGACGAGUUUCAUUUCUGGACGUGGAAUUCGAUGAGGAAGGACGCAGGGAAGGUGGGAUACAGCAAAGCAUACAAGCUGAUAAGGAAGUAA